GUCGGUCGGUCGGACGGUAGGUCGGAGGAGGUGGGCACACACACGAGAGGAACUUUCCCCUUCGUUCAUUGGCGGGAUCAUUCACACAUGCCGUCCGUUUGCCCGUGCCGAGAUGUUGUGAUUCGCCUUUUUCUUUUCGGAUCCCGACCGCCUAUAUAAAGACCAGCUCCGCCACUUGGAUGAGCACACACAACUCUCCAGCUCUUCUGUGAUAACCCAUCCCGAAGAGACAAAUACUCUCCCAGUCCCGGAUUUUGAAUUUUGAAAAUAUCAAAAUGAAGUGGAUCAUCGCAUCAGUUUUUGUCUUACUCGUCGCAGCAUUCCAGGCUGGCGCUCAACGUCCUGAGCGUGACAUUAGUCUUCACCUGGGCGGUGGCCAUCACCACGACGAUCACCACGGACAUGGGGUCAAACAAGUCGGCGCUUCAGCCUCGGCCUCGGCCGUCGUUGAGACGAGAAAAGGUUACGGCAAGGACAUCCCGCAGCCGCCGCUGGCCAUCGACCUGAAACCGUUGGAAAAAGACGAGCCGGUCAAAGAGAAGGAGCAACAGCAGCCCAGUCUAGAGUAUCUGCCACCGGUGGUCGAAGCGGUCAAGGAAGAGACUCCCAAGGGCUACCCCAGAGAGAACCCGCCCAAUCCUCUGAAGCUGGACCCUCAGGCCGCCACCAAAGUGGAGGUGCGCGUCGACAGCUCAACGGUCGCUCCGAUGAUGAUGAUGGGCGGCGAAAUUCCCGGCAACGCUGGCACCGACUACCCCAUUUUCGACACCAUUCCCGAGACCAAGUUCAACUGCAACGAUCAGCCCACCGGUGGUUAUUACGCUGACGUCGAUGAAGGACGUUGCCAGGUAUUCCACGUGUGCCACGACGGCCGCAAAUUCUCCUUCCUCUGCCCCAACGGCACAAUCUUCGACCAGAAGGUUUUCGUCUGCAACUGGUAUUUCAAUGUGGACUGCGCCGCCUCCAAGGACUUUUACGACCUCAACGCCCAGAUCGGCGUCGUUCCCGACAAGGCCGAAAAGUCAGCAGCCGAGCAGUUGGCGGUGGCUCCGUCAGUCGUCGACACGCAACAGGUGGAUAGUCCCAAUCAAAACUACCUGCCACCAACACCGGCCAAAGAAACCGUCAAGGUUGAACCGCCCACCUCAUCUUAUUUACCACCCAACGUGGCACCCAACGCCGUCGAGGCUCUUUCCAACGGCAUCAUCACGGCCGAUCCACCCGCCCAGAGUUACUUACCACCCCAGUAGAUCGAACGCGGGACAACGAGAGCAAUUAAUCACUACAGCACAAGUUAAUAUCCACCCAAUGUAUCCCAGCAAUACUCUCUAAUUACUAAUCUAGACCGAGGCAUCGGGUUCCGCGUGUACAUUUGACAUCGUCAAAACGUCCCCCCCCCUUUUUCGAGCUUUUCAUUUGUGAAUUUUUUUGACACAACACAAAUUAUUAAUAACCACCGGAUUUUGUUAAUUCGAAAGUGACUUGACCGAAAAGCCCACGACCCAUUGUGUACACACUACAUAUGAUACCAUAUUAUUAUAUCUAUUCGUUUCGUGAUGGCGCCAAAAUACAAUUUCUUUGCGUUCAA